AAAUUAUCGAAACAGAUUGUUGGGUCUGGGCCUGAUGGACGCAGUUGGUAAAAAAGCCCAAGACACACUUUCACCUUCUCGUUUGCCGGAACUGUCUAUAGUUCAAACCUUCUCGUUUGCCGGAACUGUCUAGCAAAGUAAAACCUCUCUCUCUCUCUCUCUUUACAGCAACCAACUAACCAUGGAUGUUCUGAUGCUGGAGGCUCCACCGUCAUACGGUAGGUCAAGCAAUUCCGACCCCGAAAUCAUCGACGCAUUACCUUACAUCGACGACGACUACAGUAAUCCUAGGGUCAAGAUCGAAGUCGACCGCCUCGUCGAGGAAGAGAUGCGUCGCAGCUCCAAAAAACCCGCUGAUUUCCUCAAAGAUUUCCCUCCUCUUCCCACUUUCAAUUUCGAGGACUACCCUAUGAUUGGUAGAGAGUAUGAACGUGUAAGAGCUGGUAGGCCUCCAAUUUCACUUGACAGGUCAAGAUAUGAAUUAGAAAUUCCAGCUAUGAAUAAAAGGAACGAUGAAACUGCUUGGAAACAAGCUCUUCAAAGAGCUCAACGACUACUUCAAUAUCAAACCAUGAGGAUGGAAAAUUUGGAGUUGUUGUUAAAAUAUGGUCCUGAUGCCUGGAAGCAGCACAAUCGACGGUUGGAAGUAUACUUGACAAGAAUGCAAAAAUUAGCUCAGGAACAAAAUGAAAAGAUUGAAAAAGUAAAUCGUGAAAGGAAAUAUCAUCAGCAAAAUACUGCCUAUGAGCUUAAUGCUUUGUCCAUGCAAUGGAAUGAACUCUGUCAAAAAAAUAUAGACAUCAGUGCUGCGUGUGAUUCCGUUGAAACUCGCCUAAAUGAACUGAGAAGAGAAGCAGCAGAAAGAGGCUGGAACUUGGAUGCUAUCACUGAAAAUGGCCAAUUGAAUCAUUCCGAAUCAUGAGAUUCUUGUGUUCUUAUCUUGUUUUGUACCCUUAAUUUUGACUUUAACUGCUAUUGUACCUAUAAAUAUUAAAUAAUAUUUAGUUUAUUAUAUCAUGAAAA